AUGACGACCCGUUCCUUACCAACUACUUUAUUAAGCGAAAUAGCAGCACUUUUCAAAAACUCCGACGACCAAAAUGUUUCUAUAAAGGUCGGAAAAGACAAUAAUGUUAAAAUUUUUACGGCACAUUCUGUAAUUUUGCGUGCGAGAUCGCCAUAUUUUAAAGUUGCUUUGUCACAAUC